AAAAAACACUCUCUCCGUCAAGCCUGGGGUGGAGUUGUUUUUCUUUCCUUCUCUACAAGGCAUGAAUUUGCCUGUGACACGGCACGUGAACCUCCUUCAAUUUGGCGCACUAAUCCUAAAAUAAGGCAUGAAGUGUUAAAUGUUAGAAACACACAGAACUGCGCUCAGACAAGGGGAAAGAGAGGGAGAAAACGGAGGAGAGUGAGACGCACGCGCUGCUCUGGUGCGUCUGUGCAGAGACUGCAUAAAAAGAGAGAAAAAAUAACAAAAAAACGUGCGCUGCGCAAUUAGGUUAGAAACCGUGUGUUUUUUCUCUCCAUUUUCUGGAAGAUAAAAUAAAUAAAGAAAUCAAGCUGGCUCAGUGCAUGUCACAGCAGCCCGCUUUGACAGGUGCUGCUCAGCCCCUUUGGAGGACUGCUUUCAGCAGCAGCAGGAUGGCAUCAGAACUGGCAAUGAGCAACUCCGACCUGCCCACCAGUCCCCUGGCCAUGGAAUAUGUUAAUGACUUCGAUCUGAUGAAGUUUGAAGUGAAAAAGGAGCCGGUGGAGCCGGAUCGCAGCAUCAGCCAGUGCAGCCGCCUGAUCGCCGGGGGAUCCUUGUCUUCCACCCCGAUGAGCACGCCUUGCAGCUCGGUUCCCCCUUCCCCAAGCUUUUCGGCGCCCAGCCCGGGCUCCGGGAGCGAGCAGAAGGCUCACCUGGAGGAUUUCUACUGGAUGAGCGGCUACCAACAGCAGCUGAAUCCCGAUGCGCUGGGCUUCAGCCCCGAAGACGCGGUAGAGGCGCUGAUCAGCAGCAGCCACCAUCUCCAGUCCUUCGAUGGCUAUGCUAGAGGGCAGCAGUUCGCCGGGGUGGCCGGGGCAGGAGGCGGCAUGCCCGGGGAAGAGAUGGGCUCAGCAGCCGCUGUGGUAUCCGCUGUUAUCGCUGCAGCGGCAGCGCAGAACGGAGGUCCCCACCACCAUCACCACCACCACCACGCCGGGGGACACCACCCCUCCACAGGGGUCCCGUCCAACGGCAGUUCGGCAGGCAGCCACCAGCACAUAGGACACCUGGACCUGGACGACCGGUUUUCGGAUGACCAGCUGGUGAGCAUGUCAGUACGGGAGCUGAACCGACAACUGCGCGGGGUCAGCAAGGAGGAGGUGAUCCGGCUGAAACAGAAGAGGAGGACCCUAAAGAACAGAGGCUAUGCCCAGUCCUGCCGCUACAAGCGGGUCCAGCAGAGACAUGUUCUGGAGGGCGAGAAGACGCAGCUGAUCCAGCAGGUGGACCACCUCAAGGCGGAGAUAUCGCGGCUGGCCAGGGAGCGGGACGCAUACAAGGACAAGUACGAGAAGCUCAUAACCAACGGCUGCAGGGAAAACGGAUCCGACAACAUCCCCUCGUCCCCAGAGUUUUUCAUGACGUCGAGAAAGUUCCUCCAUCUGUGAUAGUGACCCCUGAACCCUGCACAUGACCCUUGACCUGGAGUCUAAGAAACCAUGACAGAGGAAUGCUGAUAUCUUAACAUCAUUCCGCGGCACCAGACGGCCACAAAGCACAACGUCCACACAUCUCCAAACCACCCAGAAACCAAGCAACAGACCCUGUACAGACGUCCAGAUGGACCCGUCACCCAACACCGCACACUUUCAUGACAAGAUUAUCCCCCGAAACAAAUGACAACAAAACUAAACAUCCAAGGAAAAUACUGAGUUCCUGUUUGAUCAACUACUAAAACUCCUGGAUUCUCUCUUUCUCUAUCACCAGUAGCUACAUACAUAAUUGUGACUGAACAUUGUGACAAAGAUACAGUACCACAUUGUACAUGACAUUUUGUAGAGUAUUAUAAGUUAUAAUAUGUAGGUUGGAGGUCUAACUGUAGACAGACACUGUAGAGGGGAGAAGUGAUGACGCGUGAGUUCCCGUUAGCACAUAGGCCCAAUGCUGUUCCUGUAAAUAAUGGGCAGUAGAACUGAAUAGGGCCUCAUAUGGAAUACAGCUAGUCCAUCUGUAUAUAGCCAUGACACCAUAGCUCUAAUAUGUACAUAGGCAUUCAAUUAUACCUCCUUAUUUCUCCUAUCCCCCUUCAACCCUCCUACACUAGCGCAAUGAUACUCACCAUAUCUCCAUACUCAGACAUGUAAAAUAUAUAUAUACAGGAGGAAACUGGAUACAGAGAGAAGAUACACACAGUGUGUUGCAGCUGGAAACACACUGGAGUGAGAAACACAGACCCACUUUGGCUGGAAUAAGGAACUGGUGAACUCUCCCUGCCACAAAGAGGCACGCAAUAACCCCGGUGUAUUUGUACAUGUAUUUUACUCCCCUUAGUGAAGUGAAAGUUUCAGUUCAAUGGUUUGAAAGCUUUCUACAGUCCACUCAAUGUACAAAUUUUCAUUUUCAUCCACACUUCCUCCCUCUCCCUCCAUUCCUGAUUGGCUAGUCCUUCCUCUCUCCCCCAGUCCUGAUAGGCUGUUGACAGUCAGUGUGGGCGUGUCAAUCAGAGGGCCUGUAGGCCCGUAGGCCUCUCUGAGACCAGGCGCUCGCUUAGCUCCCACAGGCUGGCUGCAGUGACCUGGUCCUCGGCCUGGGGGGAGGGCAGGCAGCGGAAACAGUUGUUGAAGUACAUCCCUCCUAGACCCUCCAGCUCCGGAGCUACCGCACAGUACACCGUGGUGGCUGCCCCCUGUUGCUGUGGAGACAAAGAGACAGAGGGACAACAGUCAACAUGGAGGACAGAGACAGAGGGACAACAGUCAACAUGGAGGACAGAGACAGAGGGACAACAGUCAACAUGGAGGACAGAGACAGAGGGACAACAGUCAACAUGGAGGACAGAGAGAGAGGGACAACAGUCAACAUGGAGGACAGAGACAGAGGGACAACGGUCAACAUGGAGGACAGAGACAGAGGGACAACAGUCAACAUGGAGGACAGAGACAGAGGGACAACAGUCAACAUGGAGGACAGAGACAGAGGGACAACAGUCAACAUGGAGGACAGAGACAGAGGGACAACAGUCAACAUGGAGGACAGAGACAGAGGGACAACAGUCAACAUGGAGGACAGAGACAGAGGGACAACAGUCAACAUGGAGGACAGAGACAGAGGGACAACAGUCAACAUGGAGGACAGAGACAGAGGGACAACAGUCAACAUGGAGGACAGAGACAGAGGGACAACAGUCAACAUGGAGGACAGAGGGACAACAGUCAACAUGGAGGACAGAGACAGAGCAGCACUGAUCAACAUCAUCUGUGUGGGAGGAGGGGACAGUCAGAGAGAAUGACAGAGACCCUCUUGUCCGCCAAGAGAUACACAGGAACUCCAGCCACCCUACAGAUCCUGCCAAGACACCUCCACUGGAAUACACACACCUGUACUCAGUGACCCUCAUCUCUCCUGAUCCUCCAGAGCAUCCAUAUGAGACAGACAAGGAACUCCAUACAAACAGAGAGAGAGAGAAAGAUAGACACAGAGAGGAUCAACUCCAUAGAGACCCCCUCUCUGCCACAGCCCAUAAUGAUGGGGCAGUGUUACCAUAGGGACUAUGGAUCUGGAUAGAUAUGUAUAUACAGUACCAGUCAAUGGUUUGGACACACCUACUCAUUCAAGGGUUUUUCUUUAUUUUGACUAUUUUCUACAUGGUAUAAUAAUAGUGAAGACAUCAAAACUAUUAAAUAACACAUAUGGAAUCAUGUAGUAACCAAAAAAGUGUUAAACAAAAUAUUUUAGAUUCUUCAAAGUAGCCACUAUUUUACUUGAUGACAGCUUUGCACACUCUUGGCAUUCUCUCAACCAGCUUCAUGAGAAAUGCUUUUCCAACAGUCUUGAAGGAGUUCCCACAUAUGCUGAGCACUUGUUGGCUGCUUUUCCUUCACUCUGUGGUCCAACUCAUCCCAAACCAUCUCAAUUGGGUUGAGGUCGGGUGAUUGUGGAGCCCAGGUCAUCUGAUGCAGCACUCCAUCACUCUCCUUGGUCAAAUUGCCCUUACACAACCUGGAGGUGUAUUUUGGGUCAUUGUCCUGUUGAAAAACAAAUGAUAGCCCCACUAAGCGCAAACCAAAUGGGAUGGCGUAUUGCUGCAGAAUGCUGUGGUAGUCAUGCUGGUUAAGUGUGCCUUGAAUUCAAAAUAAAUCACAGACAGUGUCACCAGCAAAGCACCCCCACACCAUCAUACCUCCUCCUCCAUGCUUCACAGUGGGAACCACACAUGAGGAGAUCAUCCAUUCACAUACACAGCGCUUGGAACCAAAAAUCUCAAAUUUGGCCUCAUCAGACCAGGACAGAUUUCCACUGGUCUGAUGUCCAUUGCUUGUGUUUCUUGGCCCAAGCAAGUCUCUUCUUAUUAUUGGUGUCCUUUAGUAGUGGUUUCUUUGCAACAAUUCGACCAUGAAGGUCUGAUUCACGCAGUCUCCUCUGAACAGUUGAUGUUGAGAUGUGUAUGUUACUUGAACUCUGCAAAGCAUCUAUUUGGGCUACAAUCUGAGGUGCAGUUAACUCUAAUGAACUUGUCCUCUUCAGCAGAGGUACCUCUGGGUCUUCCUUUCCUGUGGUGGUCCUCAUGAGAGCCAGUUUCAUCAUAGCCCUUGAUGGUUUUUGCAACUGCACUUGAAGAAACUUUCAAAGUUCUUGAAAUAUUCUGGAUUUACUGACCUUCAUGUCUUAAAGUAAUGAUGGACUGUCGUUUCUCAUUGCUUAUUUGAGCUGUUCUUGCCAAAAUACGGACUUGGUCUUUUACCAAAUAAGGCUAUCUUCUGUAUACCACCUCUACCUUGUCACAACACAACUGAUUGGCUCAAACACAUUAAGAAGGAAAAAAACUCCACAAAUGUCCUUUUAACAAGGCACACCUGUUAAUUUAAAUGCAUUCCAGGUGACUACCUCAUGAAGCUGGUUGAGAGAAUGCCAAGAGUGUGCAAAGCUGUCAUCAAGGCAAAUUGUGGCUACUUUGAAGAAUCUCAAAUAUAAAAUAUAUUUUGAUUUGUUUAACACUUUUUUGGUUACUACAUGAUUCCAUAUGUGUUAUUUCAUAGUUUUGAUGUCUCCACUGUUAUUCUACAAUGUAGAAAAUAGUACAAAUAAAGAGACACCCUGGAAUGAGUAGGUGUAUCCAAACGUUUGACUGAUACUGUACAUAUAUUUCUAUAUUGUGUGUAUACAGGACUGCUGACUCUCCACAGAGUGCAUGCUUAUGUGAAUGUGGUAAAUACAGACCAGGGGCAACACUGUCUGUCCACAAAACAACACGAUCUCUGUAGAAUACCACAAUAACUAUAGGAAGGUGGUGACUGUUCAUCCAGAUAUGACGUAAAACACACCCAAAAUAUGUUGCACUUGAUAUUUCUAUAGCUGCAAUAUUUUGUAGUUGUUUUGUGGACGUUUGCACACUGCGAGGGCUGUUUUCUGGACAGAGGAUGUGGCCCACGGUGUUCUAGACUGGGGAGGAGGGAGCAGCUCUUCUCAUUGGGAGUGGGGAGCCAGAGGGUUCUGUAAACUCUCUAUAAGGAACAUACAGUAUCUAUGCCAUGAUUACACAUCUGUAUAUGUUCACAUCAUCUAGGGGUUCAUUAGGGAAGUCAGACUGUAGAGUAGAGUAGAGAGCAACGGUCCUAAACAGUAAACAUUGUAGUACAUGCUGUUUGCCACAGUAAAGAGUGAGAUACACCGGUAAAGAGUGAUAUGAUGAGAAUAGUGCUCUUGUACACAAACAUCAUAUACAGUACAGGCAUGCACACGCUCGCAAACCCCCCUCCUUUCUCUCUUCUCUUUCUAAGAAACGUAGAGAGCAGACAGCCUGUAACACUCUCUACCCUACACCCUCUAAUUGAGUGGGAAAUGACUACUCAGAAGCUGUGUUUCUCAGUUUAACAUCUCAAAUCCAGUUUACAGUAGUCUGUAGUCACACUGUACUGAGACAUGCCUCCCUAAUGCAGCACCAGCCGGCACAGUCGGUAAUUAGGAGCGGCGAGAGGGAGAGAGGGAGUGUGAUUCCACAGCGUUUGAAACAGAGAGAGGAAGAAACAGACAUCAGAGAGUAUUACAGCCAGAAUUCAGGCGCUCAGAGGAUCUUUCAUGUAGCCCUGCUGCUGGCUAAAAACUGCUGUGACGUUAUGAGAAGACAGGAGACUGUUCUGGAGAUGACUUCUAUAGACACAUGAAAUACUUCUCUCUGGCUAACUGCUCUUUAUCUACAAAUGAGACUGGCGGGGAGGACUGGUGAGAGACUGCAGUGCAGAGCAGUUUAGUACAGUGCACUGGCAGAGCAGCAAAGGGUCAUCUCUGUUUUAGGUGAAAGGUGGACCAUCAAUACAUUGGAAUGAUUUACACCUGAUCUGAGAACGCAGCUCUACAGCACAGCAGGGAAUUCUGUCUGAGGGAGACAACCAAGAUAUGUACACAGCAGAAGGAGAGCGAGGGUGAAAGAGAGAGGGAGAGAGAGUGUGUGUGUGUGUGUUAUCUUCUUGGUGUUCAGCUCGGCCCUCCCACUACAUGACCUUUUUACCCGUGUAAGAGAUAAGCCUGAUGAGUUUAGCAUGCUAGACAUUAACAUGUGGAACCACCCACCACCACUAUCUAUCAGAGAUUAAAGAGAGAAGAAAGGGAAUGUGCUGGGCUGGUGACAUGCAUACACACACACACACACACAAUCCCUCCUGACAUGUACAGUAGCCCAACAGAUGUGUAUAAUCAUGUACAUUAUAAAUAAUACCUGUACAUUCUAGGUGUCGACCAACCAAUGGCUCUUUCUAUUUGUGUACCAGUGUUUGUCAAUGUAAAUCCUGAUUCUGAUAUACAUAGUUUUACAGAGUUGACAGAGAGAAAUGACUGGUUUUCUUGGGGUUGGUAUGUUAUGUUCCUAUCAGACAGAACUGACCACUGCAAACUGGUGAGUGGAGAGGAAAGGGUUAAUUGAGUGUGAGCCCGAGCAACUGUCCCCAAGACAUGACAUGAAUCACCAGAACUACAAGGGGAAGGGAAGCGGGAAAAAGAAAACUCUUUCACUUCAGCAAUAUACAAGAAAUGUGACAAACCGAAGUAGCAGGGUCCUAGCCAACAAGAUCUUUUCCAGACCACUUAAACACACAAACCCAACCUCUGCAAUCUCUAUGCUUUAAGAGCUGCAAUAAACAGGCCCUGGAUCAGCAGCAAUAAUAACCUGACCAUGUCUGGCCUGAACCAUCACUGCUCUGGAAAAUAGUCCUGGAUCACAUUUAUGUCUUCCAAUUUUCAACAUAAUGAAAAUAUUUCCAAUGUCUUUGGAAAGUAUUCUGCAAUAUUUAACUGUUGAACAGCCACUCUUCAAUGUAUUAAAAAGCAAGGUCAAAGAGAAGGGAGAUAUUGGUGUUGAAUCAUUAAAGGGUAACUAUACUGUACCUCAGAGUUGUUCCGUGUUGUUUUCAUAGUAUAACAUGUUACUGUCGUGAUCUCUAACCAUGUCUAAUCACUCUGUGCUUGUACAGUACAGCAAUACUAUAUGAUGCAUUGUGCUAUUUGUUAGCAUAGGACUAAUGCACCAGGAAGAGAAAAAGACACGUUUUGUUUCUGCCUCAUCAAGGUGGUGCACUGUCAUUCUGUCAUACGAUCAUUCUCUGAUAAUAUGUGUGACCCUUUUCCCUGACGUGUGUAUUUAUGACAUUGACCUGUAAAUACACCCAGUACUGUGGAGCAGUCUGUUCGUGGCCCAGCCCGUCUUGCCCUGUACAAAGGAACAUGUAAAUAGCAAACGGCUAUGCAUGCUGACACUCUAGCACUUCUUUCAGGUACUUUUAUAAUCCCAAACUCCUCAUAUGGCAUGUCCUGAAAAUCACCUAUGAACAUGGAAAAUAAAAAGAGAAUAAUAAAAAAAGAACCAAGAUGUCAGACGAUGACAUCCUGGACAACGUGUAAAGUCCUACCGUUUUCUUACUCUUGUGGGUGGUUCUGUUCCUUUAACUGUCAUUCUGUCAUUCUUAAUGUGGUGAAACCAUUCUGGUCAAGGUUCUGUUCAGUUGUCUUGGUGUGUGAAGAGUCGAGGCAAAGCAGAGAGGCAAUCUGUGUGUUAACAACUAAAGCCUGGUUAAGAGUCUGUCCACAUCUGUCACAGGGCAGCAUAGUCCUCUCUUGUCGUGACAAGAGCAGACAUGACUGGCUCUGGCAAAACACACAGGGGGACACUGAUUGUGAUUUAACACGGUUCUGUUUAAGGAACUAGAAUUGGAACUAGGCUAUAUAACAAGCUUAUAUGAUGACAGAAGAUAGUAUGAGCAGUAAAAGAGCUUUGCCUCUGCCCUAGGACCCAGUCUGUCUGAACUAACAGUCUCACAUGAAGGUCUAUCUAUGCCAUGAUGGAGAAGAUGGGACUCCAACAGGACUUUGUGCUUUUGUUGAUACUUUAGCAAUGUUUAUUUCCAACCCCAUGGUGUUCACAAUAGAUGGAAGUAUCUGAUUUUUAAUCUGUGCUAAAGAUAUUUCACAUUUAAUAAAUGAUCAUUGUAACAACA